UAAACUUUUAUCGAUAAAGGAAAACAACAUUUGUUUAUAUGACUAAUUUACUCUUACACUCAUUGUUUCAUACACGCACACGAACUCAAUCCGAAUGAAUACGAGUGCGGCCAAUACGAAAACAAUGGCCAACAUUGUUGAUAAGAUAAGAUAACUCCCGAUUCCAAUGUCUUUGCUGUCUUUGCUCUAAUGCACACAUAUCGCGCUGCGAAUGAUUCCAAUUUGUUCAGCAAGUACGCCAAGAAUUGUCAGUAAACAAUGGCAACUCACGCCGAGAAGGAAUUCUACCACCUGAACGUCAGCGUAUCCAAAGCUUUAAAUGGCCUGGAAGCGCCACUCAAAACCAAACAUGCCCGCUCCAUUAUUAUUAUGAUACACAAGGCCAAGGAGGCCAAAACCUUCUGGAUGAUCAUCUCCCGGCAGCCAUUGAUGCAGAACAGAUUUACCGCCUGGAAGUUUUCGCAUCUGCUGCACAAGGUUCUACGGGAGGGUCAUGAAAGUGCCAUCAGGCACUCGCAGAGCCACAAGAAGAUGAUCCUGGAAGUGGGAAAAAUGUGGGGCCUACUGCAGGAUGACAUUGGAUGCUGUAUACAGGCGUACAGUAAGCUCCUGGCCACAAAGUUAAAUUUCCACGACAAAAAUCGAAUGUUUCCCGGCACUCUAAACAUUUCGUUCACCGAACUCUUUAUUGCAGUGGAUCGGGAUUUAAAUUACUGUUUUCAACUGUGCGUGGAAAUUUUCGACUACUUGGAGGAUAUAAUUGCCCUGCAGUUGACGAUAUUUUCUUCUAUGGAAAAGUACAGAAUGUCGUCGAUGACACCGCAGGGACAAUGUAGAUUAGCGCCAAUAGUUUGCCUCAUCCAGGAUUCCAAUGCGUUGUACGAUUUAAGCGUUCGGUUGAUGUUUAAGCUACACGAUGGUGUACCAUACGACGUUGUUUCGGGACACAGAGAUCGGUUUCACGGUCUGUUUUUAAAGUUGAAGAGUUUUUACAACAACGUGCGACCGCUUCAGUAUUUCAAGGACUUAAUAACAAUCCCGGAAUUGCCCGAAUCAAGUCCUAACUUCAAGUCCCAAAACGAUUUCACCAGUUAUGUACCGCCAGUGGUCCAUGUUCCACAGGAGCCCGAUCCGGUUGUUGAAGACCUUGUGGAUACCAACAAUCACGAACUGGAAGCCUUCAGUCAAGCCCAACAGCAGUUAAGCAUGUUGGAGGGCAUAAUCAGCGAGAAAGAGGCUAGCAUUGAGGAGCUGUCAUUCAAAUUGGACGCCAUGCAAAAGAAUUUCGAUGAACUGCGCCAGAGCUACAGACACGACGUUCAGGAGUUGCAACAGAACAAUACUGUGCUAUCAAAUGAUCUGGUCUUGGCGAGAGAAAUGUGUGCCACCUUCCGGAUGCAAAACGACGAUCUUGAGAUGCAACUGAAUCAGAACCCAAUUCUUUUACAGAAAGCUAUGGAGGAAGAAGAAAAGCAUAAGUUAUCAUCGGAAAAGUUUAAUAAACUCAAAACCCUCUACACUAAAAUUCGGGAUGAGCACAUUCAGUUGCUGAGAGAACAAAGUGAUUGCAACAAGUCUUUAAAUAAAGAGAAACAAGUAAACUCGCAGCUAUUGUUGGAAACUAAAGAGCUUACCAAUGAAAUUUCCAAAAUUAAAGUAAACGUGGAGGAAAAGGAGAAAGCUAAUUUAACUCUGCAAAAGCAAAUAGAAGAGCACAAGGAGAAAAUGUCACAACUUGAAGCAGUCAAGAACGAAAUAAAGGAAAAAUUCGAUGAUGUUGUUAAACAAAAGGAGAUUCAGGCACUAGAUAUUAAUUCCACUUCCGAAAACCUAAGGUUAAAUUGCCUAAAAGUCGAGGAACUCAAUGGAACCCUCAACGACACCCUGGAAAAACUGUCGAACGCCGAAAGCCAAAUAAAUGAAAAAACCGAGGAAAUCGAGAAAAUGUUGAAAUCUUUUGAAGCGGAAAAGGCAUUGCUCUUAACUAAGAUUGAACACCAAAAUCUUGAAAGUAAAAGCAGCAGCGAGGCUCAGAACGCUCAAUUGCAAAAAACAAUUGAUAACCUGGAGCAAAAGGAUAAAGAAUUCAAUGAAGUGAAGCUUCAGCUGUCCACCGCAGAAAGCCAAAUUAGUUCAAAGGCAACAGAAAUUGAAAACAAUUUGAAAGCGUUUGAAGUGGAAAAGGCAGUGCUCUUAACUAAUAUAGAGCAGUUACGAGUAGAGCAUAAAAACAACAUUGAUGCACAAAAUGCCCAAUUGCAGCAAACUUUAAACAACUUGGAGCAAAAGGAGAGUGCAUUGCAGCAAACCCAGGAAAUUGUAAAUCAACUUAAGCAGGAAAAUACUUCAGCGAGACAGCGCAACGAGGAUUUGCAAAGCAAACUCUCGAUUGCUGAGGAAAAACUUACGCAAGCGACACAGAAAAUUGAUUCGGUGACAAGCUCGUACCAAAUCUGUAGCACCGAUUUGAGUGAACUUAGAAAACUGGUGAUUAAAACCGUAAAGGAAAUAUGCAACUCCAAGUUGAGCGGCUCGGAACAACAGCCUUUGGAUGCGGUGCCAAACAUAAUACACGAAAUGGAGUCCAUUGUGAAUAAGUUCAAUAACUCAUCUGCUAUAAGCUAUGUGGCUUCAACCGAAGGAAUGCAAGAUGUUAUGUAUUUGGGUUACUUAUUUAUAAAACUAUACGACCAAUGUGAUGUUAUCUACAAAACAACCACUGCAAUUGAGACAGGUCAGGAGAUUUUCACCAAAACCAACUUGAUAUGUACAGAUGUCUGUCAAUUGUUUCAAUACCUAUUAAAUAAUGAAACAAAAGAACACGAAAAACAAAAAAUCGUAACUGACAUACAAACAAAGCUGAGAGAUAUUGGAAAGUUAAUUGAGAAAAUAAAAGCCUCCUUUGAACAAAAGAUUGAUUUGGAUAAGCUUCUCGAAAUCGAGCUUCGCGAGAUGGAUGCUGCUAUUGAUGAUGCAGCCUCCAAAAUUACAGAUUUACUUGCAAAGGCUCGAGAGAAGGACAACCAAACCAAUCUAGAAGUGAACGGAAAAAUUGUGGAUGCGUGUACCACCUUGAUGGAAUGUGUCAAAGCUCUGAUCCAAAAAUCUCGUCUUCUGCAACACGAAAUUGUGGCUUCCCAAAAAGGAAAUGCAAGUGCUAAUGAGUUUUAUAGGCGGAAUAGUCAGUGGUCAGAUGGCUUGAUAUCCGCCUCGAAAAGUGUGGCGAAGGCAGCCAACUAUCUGGUGGAAGCCGCAAACAAGGCCAUUGAAAGUGAAUCCGGUAAAAACUUUGAGCUCAUUGUAGCUGCCCAGGAAAUUGCUGCAUGCACGACCCAAAUGGUUAUUGCGAGCAAAGUCAAGGCGGAACGUAAUAGUCAAAAGUUAUCCGACCUAACGAAAGCAUCCCGAAGCGUAACGCAGGCGACAGGAACUCUGGUCGCCACCGUAAAGGAUUGCAACUCGCAACUGGAGCAGCAAAGUGAAAUAGAGCUGGCAAAGCUAACGCCAUCGCAGAUAAAAACGAUGGAAAUGGAAAUCCAUGUUAAAGUACUCGAAACCGAACAAGCUCUCCAAAUGCAACGACUAAAACUCUCAGCGUUUCGUAAGGAGCAUUACAAGAACGCCGAUUAUUAAAUACCAUAUUUAUUAAUGUUACUAACAUUACAAACAUUCUUUUUUUGUAUUAUUGCCCGUCAUGACAAAUAAUAUCUACACAAUAUUUACACUACGGUCAUUUUAUCAUACAAUGAACGUAAUACUAUAUGUUUAAA